AUGUCCGCCUACCGCGUAAUCCAACAAACCGCCGCGCACCGCUACAAGCGGCUCGUCACCUACGACUACCGCACAGUCCACUCCAUCAUCAACGCCGCCACAAUCCUGCACGUCAGCUUCAGCCCCGCCGCAGCAGACGCAGACGCAGCCACAAACGCACCCGCAGCCGCACCCGCACCCUCACCCGCACCCUCACCCGCAGCGCCGCCGCCGCCUUCCUACCCCGCCAUCCUCCCCAUGAUCGGCACGAUGGGCCUCUACGCGCAGCCAGACGCAGACCCGGCGCACACGCCGCUCGACCUCUACCUGCACGGGCACGCCUCGGCGCGGCUGAUGCGGCAGCCAUCGGAGACGGCGGUCAGCGUCAGCGCGGCGCUGCUGGACGGCGUGGUGCUGGCGCUGACGCCGUACAACCACAACUGCCAGUUCCGCAGCGCGGUGGUGGUGGGGCGCGCGAGCGUCGUGCGGGACGCGGAUGAGAAGCUGUGGGCGAUGCGGCUGAUUACAGAUGGGUUGGUGGCGGGGCGCUGGGAGGGGUCGCGGACGCCGCCGACGGAGGGGGAGGUGAGGAGUACGAGUAUUUUGAAGGUCGUGGUGGAUGGGGCGAGUGCGAAGGUUAAUGUGGCGGGGCCGAAUAAUUCGAGGGCGGAGUUGAAGGAUGAGGGGGUGGUGGGGCGGGUGUGGACGGGUGUCGUGCCGGUUUGUUCGGAGCUGUUUGGGACGCCGGUGCCGUGUGGGGAUAAUCGCGUUGAGCCGGUGCCGGAGUAUCUGGAGGAGUGGGUGAGGAAGCACAAUGAGGAGGUGAAGCGGCAUGCGGGCGGGGAGACUUCUUCUGCGGAGGUGGAGGAGUGA